AUGCAAGAAUACAACGACAAAAAAGCUACAGAAAUACAGACAAGGGGAGCCAAACAGACUGCGAACACAGACAAGGGGAGCCAAACAGACUGGGAACACAGACAGGGGAGCCAAACUGACUGGGAACACAGACAGGGGAGACAAACAGACUGGGAACACAGACAAGGGAGCCAAACAGACUGCGAACACAGACAAGGGAGCCAAACAGACUGGGAACACAGACAAGGGGAGCCAAACAGACUGGGAACACAGACAAGGAGAGCCAAACAGACUGGAAACACAGACAGGGGAGCCAAACAGACUGGGAACACAGACAAGGGAGCCAAACAGACUGGGAACACAGACAGGGGAGUCAAACAGACUGGGAACACAGACAGGGGAGCCAAACAGACUGGGAACACAGACAGGGGAGCCAAACAGACUGGGAACACAGACAAGGGAGCCAAACAGACUGGGAGCACAGACAGGGGAGUCAAACAGACUGGGAUCACAGACAAGGAGAGCCAAACAGAUUGGGAACACAGACAAGGAGAGCCAAACAGACUGGGAACACAGACAGGAGAGCCAAACAGACUGGGAACACAGACAAGGGAGCCAAACAGACUGGGAGCACAGACAGGGGAGUCAAACAGACUGGGAUCACAGACAAGGAGAGCCAAACAGAUUGGGAACACAGACAAGGGAGCCAAACAGACUGGGAACACAGACAAGGGAGCCAAACAGACUGGGAGCACAGACAGGGGAGUCAAACAGACUGGGAUCACAGACAAGGAGAGCCAAACAGAUUGGGAACACAGACAAGGAGAGCCAAACAGACUGGGAACACAGACAGGGGAGCCAAACAGACUGGGAACACAGACAGGGGAGCCAAACAGACUGGGAACACAGACAGGGGAGUCAAACAGACUGGGAACACAGACAAGGGGAGCCAAACAGACUGGGAACACAGACAGGGGAGCCAAACAGACUGGGAACACAGACAAGGGAGCCAAACAGACUGGGAGCACAGACAGGGGAGUCAAACAGACUGGGAUCACAGACAAGGAGAGCCAAACAGAUUGGGAACACAGACAAGGAGAGCCAAACAGACUGGGAACACAGACAGGGGAGCCAAACAGACUGGGAACACAGACAAGGGAGCCAAACAGACUGGGAGCACAGACAGGGGAGUCAAACAGACUGGGAUCACAGACAAGGAGAGCCAAACAGAUUGGGAACACAGACAAGGGAGCCAAACAGACUGGGAACACAGACAGGGGAGUCAAACAGACUGGGAUCACAGACAAGGAGAGCCAAACAGAUUGGGAACACAGACAAGGAAAGCCAAACAGACUGGGAACACAGACAGGGGAGCCAAACAGACUGGGAACACAGACAGGGGAGUCAAACAGACUGGGAACACAGACAAGGGGAGCCAAACAGACUGGGAACACAGACAGGGGAGCCAAACAGACUUGGAACACAGACAAGGGAGCCAAACAGACUGGGAACACAGACAAGGGAGCCAAACAGACUGGGAGCACAGACAGGGGAGUCAAACAGACUGGGAUCACAGACAAGGAGAGCCAAACAGAUUGGGAACACAGACAAGGAGAGCCAAACAGACUGGGAACACAGACAGGGGAGCCAAACAGACUGGGAACACAGACAGGGGAACAAGGAGAGCCAAACAGACUGGGAACACAGACAGGGGAGCCAAACAGACUGGGAACACAGACAAGGGAGUCAAACAGACUGGGAACACAGACAAGGGGAGCCAAACAGACUGGGAACACAGACAGGGGAGCCAAACAGACUGGGAACACAGACAAGGGAGCCAAACAGACUGGGAGCACAGACAGGGGAGCCAAACAGACUGGGAACACAGACAGGGGAGUCAAACAGACUGGGAACACAGACAGGGGAGCCAAACAGACUGGGAACACAGACAGGGGAGCCAAACAGACUGGGAACACAGACAAGGGGAGCCAAACAGACUGGGAACACAGACAGGGGAGCCAAACAGACUUGGAACACAGACAAGGGAGCCAAACAGACUGGGAACACAGACAAGGGGAGCUAAACAGACUGGGAACACAGACAAGGAGAGCCAAACAGACUGGGAACACAGACAGGGGAGCCAAACAGACUGGGAACACAGACAGGGGAGUCAAACAGACUGGGAACACAGACAAGGGGAGCCAAACAGACUGGGAACACAGACAGGGGAGCCAAACAGACUGGGAACACAGACAAGGGAGCCAAACAGACUGGGAGCACAGACAGGGGAGUCAAACAGACUGGGAUCACAGACAAGGAGAGCCAAACAGAUUGGGAACACAGACAAGGGAGCCAAACAGACUGGGAACACAGACAAGGAAGCCAAACAGACUGGGAACACAGACAAGGGGAGCCAAACAGACUGGGAACACAGACAAGGAGAGCCAAACAGACUGGGAACACAGACAAGGGGAGCCAAACAGACUUGGAACACAGACAAGGGAGCCAAACAGACUGGGAACACAGACAAGGAGAGCCAAACAGACUGGGAACACAGACAAGGGAGCCAAACAGACUGGGAACACAGACAAGGGAGCCAAACAGACUGGGAACACAGACAAGGGAGACAAACAGACUGGGAACACAGACAAGGGAGACAAAACACAAGAUAUUAAGACCUUAAAAAACUGUGUUGAUGUCAUUGAUGGCUAUUUACAAGCUCCCAACUGUUGCCUUGGUGAUAACUAA